GGUUUUUAUUGAUUGAAAACAAAUUGAAAUACUUCACUUGAUUUUUCCCGGUAACCGUAGUAUAGAAUAUCUGAACUAUUGUUUUAUCUCUACCGUUUUGUUUAAACGAUGGAUAGUACACCUGUUAGAAAUACGGUUACUCCACUACGGCGACUGGGCUUAACACGAUCCGGUCUUCGAACAAAUUCGGAAACGAAUUUUCGAACACCGCUUAUCAAUGCCACCAGGUCGGAAGAGAACUACGAGACACCCGAGGGGAAAAACGCUACGCCCAGGGGAUUACGUCCAAUUAAAAGCACCAGUUCAUCCGAUGACAUCGAAGAAGAUACCACGGAUUCACCAAUUACACCAUGUGCAAGCUCCUCAUCCAAAUGCAGCCUAAAAAGGACACGUUUAUCACUAAGUCAGAGUUGGAAACAGAAAAUCGUUAACAGGAAACACAUCUCUAGCCUUAAACGAAGAAAACUUAUCGAUGAAGUUGAAACUUGCUCAUCGGUGGACAAUAUAACUGGGAAAGAUAAUUUUGAUGCUAUCGCUGAUAUUGGACUGGUAGCAGAAAAUAGUAAAAAUCAAAGUUCACCUAACUCGGCAACGGAAGAGAAAAUUGAAGAUCUUCGCAGAAAUAUUAAAAUUUGGCAGGACGGAUGCAUCCAGGCAUUAAACGAUCUGCAAAGUAAAAGAGGGGAUGCCGGAGACAUGGAAUCACUGCUAAGAAUGCUUCAGAUCCCUUUUGAAGUGGUCAACUUCGACUGUGAGAAUCAAGUAUUUCUGAAUCCAGACUAAGUAAGAAGGUGUCUUCGACAAUUUCUGAUAUUGUUUUGCUUUGAAUGCUAUGUUCUCUAACCAUAAGCAUUUAUUCACUCAAGUUAUGGAAUCGACUAUGCUGCGAAAGUAAAUAAAAUGUUAAAUAUUUUGUUAACUAUAA